UAUUUCACUGGAUUACUUCACCAACUCCAACAGAUGUAUUUUCUUCCGCAUAUUCCACCUUCACUUCCUUUUCAUGAAUAUAGGCUGUAAAAUCAUUCUCCCUCUUUUCAAGCUUGAUUGCAAUUUGUAUGAUCUACCAACUAUCCAUCUUCUUCUCAUUUAUCUUUCUUCUAGUAUCAAAAUCUCCCCUACUUUUCAUCCAACCAUUAAUUCUAUAUAAAUCCCAGAAAAAUGCAAUACCUUCCAAUUCCAAGCCAUAUUAGCAAGUGGUAUCUAAACACAUCCCCAAAAAAGAUGUCCAUAGUUGCAGAAGCACCUGGUUACAUCCAAGUUUUCUCCGAUGGCUCAGUUAAGCGAUUCGAGCCUGAAAUUGCCACUGCAUCAAUUGAACCAUGCAAUGGAUACAAGUCCAAAGAUGUGAUCAUUGACCCUUUAAAGCCAAUAUCUGGUAGAAUAUACCUCCCUGAUUUUCCUGAAUCAGGAGUUAUUAACCAGCAGCUUCCUGUUUUACUCUAUUUCCAUGGUGGUGGAUUUUGCAUUGGCUCAACUACAUGGCUUGGUUACCAUCUUUUUCUUGGAGAUUUAAGUGUUGCUUCCAAAUCUAUCAUCCUUUCAGUAGACUACCGCCUUGCACCGGAAAAUAAGCUUCCUACAGCUUAUGAAGAUUGUUAUUCUGCAUUGGAAUGGCUGAUCAAGAACUUAGAAUAUGAACCAUGGCUGAAAAGGGCUGAUCUUUCUCAGGUUUUUCUUUCGGGGGACAGUGCUGGAGGCAAUAUAGUUCAUCAGGUUGCUAUCCGGGCGACUAGAAAUGAAGAUUUUCGUGGUAGACUUAAGGGGUUGCUGCCAAUUCAUCCCUAUUUUGGGAGUGAAAAGAGGACAGAAUUAGAGAUGGCUAAUGGAUCAGCCGGGAAAGUGGAGAUGAACGACAUGUUUUGGGGGCUGAGCUUGCCCCAAGGAUCAAACCGUGAUUAUUUUGGAUGUAAUUUUGAGAAUGCUGAAAUGUCUGCCGCUGAGUUUUCUCAGUUUCCAGAAGUGAUAGUUUUCGUUGCUGGCUCGGACUUUUUGAAAGAAAGGGGAGUAAAGUAUGCUGAAUUCUUGAAAAAGAAUGGUGUGAAAAGAGUGGAGUUGGUUGAAGCUGAGGGACAGGUUCAUGUUUAUCAUGUGUUUUAUCCUGAAUCAGAGGCAACCCGUUUGCUUCAGAAACAAAUGAGCGAUUUCAUACAUAGUUUUUAGAAUUCCAUAUGGUCUUGAUAGUCAUUUGAAGCAGUUUGAAGAUGCUUUAGUACAAUAUUUUCGCUCAAUUUCUCUUCUUUCUUUUUCUUUAUGCAAAUAACUACUUGUGGUGAUCUUUAGACAUUGACAAAUUAGUUAAAUUUUCAUCU